AUGCCCGGCGUGCCGUCAUAUCAGGGCUGCAAUGCCUGUCUCAAGCAAAAGAAAAAGUGCGACAAGGCAAUGCCAUCAUGCUCACGCUGCAAACGUCUCAAAAUAUCUUGUCUGGGAACAGGCAACCUGCGAUUCAAAUUCAAAGACCAGUCGGAAUCUUUCACUCUGGUCAACAACCAG